GUGGCUGUGGCUGUAAAGGAUGUCAGUACUGCUAGCUAGCUAGCUUGAAGAUGGCACUGUCAUCCAGAGGGUUUUAUUAAUUAAUAGUAUUUGGUUAGAUACUGCUGAGUUGGGGAUCAUUGGGUUGGGUUUGGAUACGUCGUAUAUAUAAUUAUCACCCCACAAAAUGUCAAUCAUUUCUCUCCCAAAUGGCUGCAUGAGCAAUCAUUUGCAUGUGGAGAUUUCAAUUUCAACUCCUCCUAUAAAUUGGCUGCAACUCUUCCUCUUAAAACUGCAUUAGCUACUAGUAUUCCCAAAAAAAAAAAUACAGUACUUAAUAUACUUUUAGAGCUCAUUCUAGGUUCAGCUGCAAAACCCUAAGAUGGCGUCAAGAUCCAUGUUUAUAUCAUGUGUACUUCUCCUUCUGGUUUUGUGUCUCCUUGUGCUCAUGGAGGAAACUGCUUCUACUGAUUGCAAUACUGGUUAUGUGUGCUUUUACUCCAAGGCAUCUGUUUCCUUGAUGACUACUCACAACAGAAAGAUGCUUGCUGGUUUGGAGGAGAAGAAAAAGACUGUGAAGCUUGGCCUGCAAGUUUCAGCUGCAACCAGUAUGAAUGGUGGGAACUAUGUGGGUUCGGAGUUAAGGAAUACUCCCUCUGGUCCAGACCCAUUACACCAUAACGGGGGCAGUCCCAAAAUGCCUAGAAAUAGUCCUUGAAAUGUUACAUGUAUAACAAAGCUCGUUGAAGUACUUAGUUAAUUAGCGAGCCAGAGCUUUCAAUGGAGAGCACAUUUUGAUUGUACUUGUUAAUUUGCUAUGAAUUAGAAAUAGGUUUUCCUUGUCUAGUCUAACUGUCAUCGAAGAACACAAAGCUAUCUCUCUCCAUAUAUGGUUUCUGCUAGUAUAUCUUGUGGUUUUGAUUGGGCUUUU